CGCCACUCUCCUGAGCGGUUCGUCACCUUGUUCGUGACCCUGUUGGUCCCUUGUGUUGCUUCAUCACCAACCCAACCCCAACUUCGACCCCUUAGAAUUCCUGACAGAGCCGCGCGCUCAUUUCCUUUGCCGUUUCUUGAACAUCGCACGCGACAAUUCUUAUUCGUUCUCUUGUUUCGUUUCCCUUGUCGAAUCUACACACCUCGCUCCGCCGCAACCUCGCCUCGCGGCACUUGAUGCCCUGUUGCCGACUGAUUGAGGGGCCAAAAACACCCUUCCAACCCUCGCCGAUCGCCCGCCUCCACCAUGUCGGGCCGCUACGAACGGGUGAACGCCCACGACGAUGAAGCCGAAACACCAACGGACCCCAUGCCAAGGCCGGCGCACCCGGUCCCGAACUCACCACCGCCAUCAUUCCGCUCCCGGGCGUCGUCGAGAGAGCGAUCCAAUACCGUCGACCCCCAUCUCGCCGAUGCGUUCGAUGCCGACGGAGACGAGAGCGACGAGGAGGCGGAUGACAGGCAGCGGCUGGUGCGCGGCAAUUCGACGCCGUCAUUUAACGAUGCGACCCGGACGGCUGCCAUAACCCAACCCACGGGACACCCGACACAACUAGAACGGCCGGUGGGAGGAGCUCCAACGACGUCUAGGGUAUACGGCGGCGGCAUCCAGUCGGACGGCGUCUUCUCGAAUCUCUCGGCAAAACCCGAGACCGGUGAUGGCGAGAAGGACGAGAUGCCACCGUCCUACGAACAAGCAGCAGCCGACCAAGCCCCCCCUUACUGGGAAACGACGAUCCUCGCCCCUGGCAUGGGUGGCCCCGACGACGUCUUUAUUGAUGGUCUGCCCGUGGGCUCCUUUUUCGGCUUCGUCUGGAACGCCAUGAUCUCGAUGGCGUUUCAGCUUGUCGGGUUCCUCCUCACUUACCUCCUGCACUCGACCCACGCAGCCAAGAAUGGCUCUCGCGCCGGCCUGGGUAUCACCCUGAUCCAGUAUGGCUUCUACAUGAAGAGCGCCCCGCCCGGGGCCGGCUCUGGAGGGGGAAUGCAGUCGUCCGUGGACGGGAAUGGGUACGCAAACCCGUCGGACCCAAACUCGCACAAUUUUACCGACGACGAUGUCAACGGUGGAGGAAGCGAUGAUAUCACGGGGAGCGACUGGGCGGCGUACGUGUUGAUGGUUGUGGGCUGGUUCAUCUUGAUCCGGGCAGUUAGCGACUACCUGAAGGUGCGGAGGCAUGAGCAGCUGGUCCUGCAAAGCCCGGACCGGGGGUUGGGGAUUCCGAUCAUUGCCCCGGGCGAGAACCCGGAGAGAGUGGUAUAGCGGUUCUUAUGUUUUUCGAGGUCUUCAAGCGCGAUGGAUACGCGACGGCGUUUGCGGGAUGCAACAAUGGGCGGGUUUCAAAGGUCAAGGGCAUCUUCUUUUUGCUACAAUCGCAACACAGCAGUUUGGUCGUCUCAAUACCCUAAUGUGAUUAUUAGCGUUUUGCACCGAACUCGACGCUCCCAAGAUCGUUUUCUAACACGGUUCCUGCCCCUCAACCACUUUCCCCGGCCAUCCAUGCCCCUCACUCAAACUGAGAGGACUGCCCGCAGCU